CUAGUUGGUUUGGCGCCGGUGGAGGGAGUUAUUCCUGCAGCAGUUCUUCCGGUCGGCAUUUUGUUCUGCGAGAGAAGGGGGAGAGUCUGAGUGGAUCCCUUUUAUCACCGCGUCAGUAGGCAGCCUUUCUGUUUUUCACAUUUGAUUGUUUUCUGAAACCAGUUGGAAUUUACACUCAUCUUCUGCUGUGGUUGGGGAGAAACCGGUGCAAGGACCGGUUAUGGGAAUGUUUGCCCCCUCCAAGUAUAGAUGUUUUCAGUAAGAAAGAAGAAGAACGAACCCUCCCGACCCGGAUUAUUGUUGUUAUAUUAUUACUCGGAGAAGCUGUUAGAGCCAUAGAACGGAGAGGGAGCUAGAGACACGGAUCCAACCCCCUUGCAACCAUUUCUUUUUAUCAACACAGCCAGAGAGGUUGGGAGAUGUGAGGAACAGUCGGAGGGCAACAACAUUGAGCAACCUGUGCGUCGACACGACCCCCCGCCCCCAUCUUCAGCAUGAAUGGGGAUAUGCCUCAUGUUCCCAUCACUACUCUUGCUGGGAUCGCUAGCCUCACAGACUUGUUAAACCAGCUGCCGCUGCCGUCCCCACUCCCCGCCACUACCACUAAGAGUCUGCUGUACAAUGGGAGGAUUGCGGAGGAGGUCAACUGCCUACUGGCCUGCCGGGACGAGAACCUGGUGUCCCAGCUGGCUCAUGGCCUCAACCAGGUUUCCACCGAGCACAUAGAGCUGAAGGACAACCUGGGCAGCGACGACCCGGAGGGAGACGUGCCAGUGCUGCUGCAGACCGUGCUGUCCAGGAACCCUAACAUCUUCAGGGAGAAAAACAUAAUGCAGCAGCCAAUGAUGCCGCAGUACAAAAUGUCCCAGAAUUCCAUUCACGGGAGUCCGGCGUCAACAAACUACCAGCAAACCACUAUCUCACACAGCCCUUCUAGUCGCUUUGCCCCUCCACAGAUGGGGUCGGGUGCCAGGUUUACGCCCCAGCAGAACAGCCCUGUGCCCAGUCCCUAUGCCCCCCAAAGCCCUGCAGGUUACAUGCAGCCAUACCCCCACCCCCCCAGCUACUCUCAGCACCAACAGAUCCAGCAAGAGCUGCAUGGUUCCCCCGCGGUUUCGGCCGCGCCCACUUAUUCAGGAAGCCCCCAGAGGCCAGUGCAGCCCUGCCUGGCGGUGCAGACCCAGCCCCCGACCUCCCCCCAACAGAAUCCCUCCACCCCAACCUUAGUUUCCAGUCCCAUGGUUCCUGGCAUGCGGAACAUCCAUGACAACAAGGUCUCCGGGCAAAUUUCAAGCAAUUCCGCCAAUCACAAUGCCAGACAUGGCUCGAAUGAAGACUAUAUGAAUAUAGUCCAGAGACUUAGCAAUGAGGAGAGCGAUCCUUCCAUGAAAAAUGCCUCAUUCCCACUCCGAUCGCCCCAGUCUGUUUGUUCCCCGGCCGGUAGUGAAGAGACCCCGAAAGCAGGCUCACGUCCUGGGCUUCUCCUCAAUUCCCCUCCUCCUUACGCGUCCCCCCGUGACGGCGCUCCCGACCUCCUCCUUGACUCUCCUGACCGCAAGAAGAAGCAGAAGAAGCUGACUAAAGAGGAGAAGGAGCAGUUGGACAAAGCCGCCAUGUACGACAUCGUCAGCUCUCCUUCGAAAGACUCCACUAAGCUGACACUCAAACUUUCCCGGGUCAAGUCCUCUGAGACGGACCAAUCCGGAGAGCUCCUUCCCAGUGUGGAGGACCAGGACACUGACCUAGCCAGCAACAACCUGCCGUUCCCCCGGACUCAACCGGACCCUGGCCCCCGGUUAGCCCCGGGCCAGGGGGAGCAGUCGGGCUGCCAGCAGGUCCCUGUGCUCCAGAACACCAAGCAGGCCGGAGCGGUGGUCGGCGGAGCGGUGUACGACGACGCUGAAAUGGACGCCCUCGCCGAGAUCGAGAGGAUAGAACGGGAAACGCUGAUAGAAAGGGAGCGCUGCUCUAAGGAGGUUCAGGAUAAAGAUAAGCCCCUGAAGAAGCGGAAGCAGGACUCGUAUCCCCAGGAGCCCGGUGCUGGAGGUACCGCAGGCGCCACUCAGCCUGCUGUAGGGGGAGGCAACGCCGGCAGCAAGCUGGCACCGCAGGAAGCCAGCGCUGCCAGUAAUGGUGCCAGCCGGCCGGCCCUGAUGGUCAGCAUCGAUCUACAGCAGGCAGGCAGGGCGGACGGGCAGCCGGAGGUGAACACAGUCACCCCCACCCCGGCUCUGGAGGCCCAGCGCUGGGCCGAGGAACGCUUGGGUCCCGGGGACGCUUCGGACUCCACCGGAGUGCUGCGGCUGAAAUCCAAGUCCGACGGAGAGACACUAAAGACUGCAGACGGCCGGCCGGAGGUCAUUAAGCCGCGCCCUGACACCCCCAAGAAGCUGGGCCACGAUGGCCGACCGGAGACUCCGAAACACAAGCACGAGAACAGAAGAGACUCGUCUAAGCACCGGCACGACAGCAAACCCGACGGCGUCAAGGCCAGGCCGGACAGGACGCCGGACACACCCCGGCCACGCCACGAGGGCCGCCCCGACUCCGGUCACAGGGAAGAGCGCGCCCGGGAUGGUGACCCGUCCCGUGUCCGCAGGCCGGAGACCCCCAGCAAGUCCAGCAGGGGUGAACAGGAGUCCAAACACGGACGGGACCGAGACCGAGAGCGGGGGGAUAAGGACCGGGAGAGGAAACACAGGACUGAGACGGCAGAACCAAGGGACAGGCGGUCUCCAGAGCAGCGCUCCAAGGCAGAGAGCCCGCGGGUUAAGCAGGAGGGCCGAGCGGGCGGGGACCCCAGUGGGCGACCAAGGACUGACCAGCCAAGCCCCAACCUUAAAACUCACACUAAGGAGGAGCGGAGGGGGGACAGCAGCAGGAACCGGCAGGACUCCAAACAACAACCACAGCCUGCUGAAAGCAAACCAGAGUUUCCUGCUUACCUGCUGGGGGGCAUCAAGUCCGGUGGUUUUAAGAACUUUGUGAUUCCCAAGGUGAAGCGGGAUAAGGAUGGGAAUGUUUUGGCAGCUGAGAUGAAGAAGCCUAACCUGGCGGCUGUAAUGGAGGGCUGGAGCGAACCCCGGGUCAAGCUGGAGCGAUUAGGACUGGUCGAGAAGAUGAAGACAGGAGCCAAGCCUGUGGUGGUGUUACAAAAACUGAGCAUCGACGAGGUGCAGAAAAUCAUCAGGGAGAGGGAGGAACGAAACGCCCGUAGCUCCAAGUCUACCAAGAGCAAACUCUCUCAUUGGAAAUCUGGGAAAACUGAGAUAGAGUCCACAAUGCCACUGUGUGAGAGGGUGAAGAUGAACAAACGCAAGCGAAGCACCGUCAACGACAAGCCCAAGUAUGCUGAGGUCAACUCGGACUCUGACUCCGACUCUGGGACAGAGUCUGCACGGAAGCGUCAUAAGAAGGAACGGGAGAAGACGUGGGAGCCUACUGAGCGGGAGAGGAGAGGCUCGGGUGAACACCGGCGAAGUGGCGGAGGUCGCAGGGGGUCUGGUGGUCGCCACCGGGAGCGCAGCCCAGGGGAAUCCGACGAGGAUUCCCCGCCACCCAGCAUGAGUGAACUUGCCCGAAAGAUGAAGAAGGAGAAACAGAAGAAGAGGAAGGCGUAUGAGCCCAAGCUGACGCCAGAAGAACUGAUGGAUUCCUCCACGUUCAAGAGGUUCUCAGCUAGUGUGGACAACAUUCUGGAGAGUUUGGAAGACAUUGACUUUAAUGCCAUGGAUGACGAUGAGAUCCCACAGGAGCUUCUGCUGGGGAAACACCAGCUGAGUGAGCUGGGCAGCGAAUCUGCUAAGAUCAAGGCCAUGGGCAUUACCUAUAGGAUUCCAUCUGACAAGUUAGUGAAGGUAUUGAACAUUCUGGAGAAGAACAUCCAGGACGGUUCCAAGCUCUCCACAUUGAUGAACCACGAGGCGGAUGCGGAGGACGAGGAGCGGCUGUGGCGUGACCUAAUCAUGGAGCGCGUCACCAAAUCGGCCGACGCCUGUCUGACGGCCCUCAACAUCAUGACGUCGACCCGCAUGCCCAAGGCGGUGUACAUCGAGGACGUGAUUGAGAGGGUGCUCCAGUACACCAAGUUCCACCUGCAGAACACUCUCUACCCUCAGUAUGACCCGGUCUACAGAGUGGACUCUCACGGAGGUGGCAUGCUGAGCUCCAAGUCUAGGAGAGCUAAGAGCUCAACGCACAAACAGAGGGUGAUUAUCAUGCUGUACAACAAGGUGUGCGACAUUGUCAGUAACAUCUCCGAGCUGCUGGAAAUCCAGCUGCUGACGGACACCACCAUCCUGCAGGUCUCUUCCAUGGGCAUCACUCCAUUCUUUGUGGAGGGUGUCAGUGAGCUACAGCUCUGUGCCAUCAAACUAGUGACUGCGGUGUUCUCUCGCUAUGAGAAACACCGGCAGCUCAUCCUGGAGGAGAUCUUCACCUCUCUGGCCAGGUUACCCACCAGCAAACGCAGCCUCAGGAACUUCAGGCUGAACAGCAGUGACAUGGAUGGAGAGCCCAUGUACAUCCAGAUGGUCACGGCGCUGGUUCUGCAGCUGAUCCAGUGUGUGGUGUACCUCCCGAGCCACAAGUCCAGCCACGAGGACGAGUACGACAAGAAGGUGGAUCAAGAUGUCCUGAUUACUAACUCUUAUGAGACGGCCAUGAGAGCAGCUCAGAACUUCCUGUCCGUCUUCCUGAAGAAGUGUGGCAGUAAGCAGGGAGAGGAGGAUUACCGGCCUCUGUUUGAGAACUUUGUCCAGGACCUCCUCUCCACAGUCAACAAACCUGAGUGGCCCGCUGCCGAGCUUCUCCUUAGUCUACUGGGUCGCCUGCUGGUGCACCAGUUCAGUAACAAGCAGACGGAAAUGGCCUUGAGGGUGGCGUCGCUGGACUACCUUGGCACCGUGGCUGCCCGCCUGAGGAAAGACGCUGUCACCAGCCAGGUGGACCAGCGCACCAUAGACCGCAUCCUCAAAGAGACCCAAGGCAACGAUGAGACCCAGCAGCUGCAGAAAGCCCUGUUGGACUACCUGGAUGAGAACGCAGAGACGGACCCAUCUCUAGUGUUUGCCAGGAGGUUCUACAUAGCCCAGUGGUUCAGGGACACACUGACCGAAACGGAGAAGGCCAUGAAGUCUCAGAACCAGCGAGGGGACGAGGACUCGUCUGAAGGCCCCCACCAUGUUAAAGACAUGGAGAGCACCGCUGAGAUCAUGCAGAGAGCCGAGGCGCGCAAGAAGUACCUCCGCAAUAUCAUCAAGACCGUGCCCUCGCAGUUCAACACACUGAGGAUGAACUCUGACACUGUGGACUACGACGACUCCUGCCUGAUUGUUCGAUAUUUGGCCUCUAUGAGGCCGUUCGCACAGAGCUUCGAUAUUUAUUUAACACAGAUCCUGAGAGUGUUGGGAGAGAGUGCCAUAGCAGUCCGAACUAAAGCCAUGAAGUGUCUGUCCGAGGUGGUGGCCGUGGAUCCCAGUAUCCUGGCCAGGCUGGACAUGCAGCGCGGGGUCCACGGCCGUCUGAUGGACAACUCCACCAGUGUACGCGAAGCUGCCGUGGAGCUGUUGGGACGCUUCGUUCUGAGCAGACCCCAGCUCACUGAGCAGUACUACGACAUGCUGAUCGAAAGGAUACUGGACACGGGUAUCAGUGUGAGGAAGAGGGUUAUCAAGAUCCUGAGGGACAUCUGUCUGGAGCAGCCUACUUUCAACAAGAUCACGGAGAUGUGUGUGAAGAUGAUCCGCAGGGUCAACGAUGAGGAGGGAAUCAAGAAACUUGUGAAUGAGACCUUUCAGAAACUCUGGUUCACCCCAACGCCCAAUCACGAUAAAGACGCCAUGACACGCAAAAUUCUCAACAUCACUGAUGUGGUGUCUGCAUGCAAAGAUACAGGCUAUGACUGGUUUGAGCAGCUGCUUCAAAACCUGCUGAAGACAGAGGAGGAUGCUGCCUACAAGCCGGCCAGGAAGGCCUGCGUUCAGCUGGUGGACAAUCUGGUGGAGCACAUCCUCAAAUACGAAGAGUCUCUCGCUGACAUUGAGAACAAGGGGGUAAACUCCAACCGUCUGGUCUCCUGCAUCACCACUCUGUUCCUGUUCAGCAAGAACCGAGCCCAGCUGAUGGUGAAACACGCCAUGACCAUGCAGCCUUACCUGACCACCAAGUGCAACACCCAGAGUGACUUCAUGGUGAUCUGUAACGUGGCCAAGAUCCUGGAGCUGGUGAUUCCCCUGAUGGAGCACCCCUCAGAGACCUUCCUCACAACCGUAGAGGAAGACCUGAUGAAGCUCAUCAUCAAAUACGGCAUGACGGUGGUGCAACACUGUGUAAGCUGUCUCGGAGCAGUAGUGAACAGGGUCACUCACAACUACAAGUUCGUCUGGGCUUGUUUUAAUCGGUACUACGGUGCCCUGACGAAGCUGAAGACCCAGCACUCGGAGGACUCCAACAACCCCGUCCUGGCCACUAACAAGCCGGCCUUGCUGCGUUCGCUGUUCACUGUGGGGGCACUUUGUCGUCAUUUUGACUUUGACCAGGAGGAGUUCAAAGGCGCCACCAAGGUUGUGAUUAAGGACAAAGUGAUGGAGCUUCUGCUGUACUUCACCAAGCAUGAAGAUGAGGAGGUUCAGACCAAGGCCAUCAUUGGUUUAGGCUUCCAGUUCAUCCAGUAUCCAGAACUGAUGUUCAUGCAAGACGUGAAGAGUCUGUACAACGGCAUCUUAUCAGACAACAAAAGCUCUGUGAACCUGAAGAUCCAAGUGCUAAAGAACCUUCAGACCUACCUGCAAGAGGAGGACAGUCGCAUGCAGGAAGCCGACCAGCAGUGGAAGAAGCUGUCCAAGAAGGAGGACCUGAAGGAGAUGGGCGACAUCUCCUCAGGCAUGAGCAGCUCCAUCAUGCAGCUCUACCUGAAGCAGGUGCUGGAGGCCUUCUUCCACACUCAGUCCAACGUACGGCACUUCGCCCUAAACGUCAUCGCCCUCACUCUCAACCAGGGCCUCAUCCAUCCUGUGCAGUGUGUGCCCUACCUCAUUGCCAUGGGAACGGACCCAGAGCCCACCAUGAGGAACAAGGCUGACCAGCAGCUGGUGGAGAUUGAUAAGAAAUAUACGGGUUUCAUCCAUAUGAAGGCAGUGGCGGGGAUGAAGAUGUCCUACCAGGUACAACAAGCUAUCUGGUCGGCCAAGGGUGCGGUAAUCCGUGGUUACCGGCAGGAUGAGACCACGUCAGCCCUCUGUGCCCACCUCUACUCCAUGGUCCGAUCCAACCGGCAGCACAGACGAGCCUUCCUCAUCUCACUUCUUAACCUGUUUGACGACAGCUCAAAGGUGGAGGUGAACAUGCUCCUGUACAUAGCGGACAACCUGGCCUGCUUCCCCUUCCAGACCCAGGAGGAACCCCUCUUUAUCAUGCACCACAUAGACAUCACCCUGUCUGUGUCGGGCAGCAACCUGCUGCAGUCCUUCAAGGAGUCCCUUCUCAAAGAGCCCAGGCGGCCGGAGAAGAAGCCCAAGCCCAAGGAGAAGGAGAGGAAGUACCACUCGGAGGAGGAGCGCUCGGAGGAGAACAGCAGCAGCACUUCCAACAGCAGUGAUGAGGACGAGGAGGUGGUCCGACGGCCCAAGAAGCCCAAACACAGGAACCGGGCCCCAGUGGAAUCGGAGUCUGAUUCUGACCUGGAGAUGGAGGACCUGGACAAGGUGAUGCAUCGUCUGCCCGACAACCCCGCCCCUCUACUGGACUUUGCCAACGCCUCGCAGGGAAUCCUUCUGCUAUUGGUCCUCAAGCAGCACCUCAAAAACCUCUACGGCUUCUCAGAUAGUAAAAUCCAGAAGUACUCUCCAACGGAAUCGGCCAAGGUGUACGAGAAAGCUGUGAACAGGAAGGGGAACGUGCACUUCAGCCCGCGCCAGACACUGGACUUCCUGACCUCUGAUCUGGCCAACAUAGAACUUACCUACGAAACCAAGAGGAGGAUAGUUAAACAGUACCUGGAUUUCAAGUUACUGAUGGAGCACUUGGACCCGGAUGAAGAGGACGAGGAAGGCGAGGCGUCAGCCAGCGCCAACGCCAGAAACAAAGCCAUCACGUCACUGCUGGGAGGGCCGGGUCACAGCCAGCAGGACCACAAGAACCACCAGGCUCCUGUAGAUACGGAUGAGGACGAGAGCGACGGAGACGAGAAAACCCCGGGGUCGUCACGACGGUCCAGGAAGCACGGUGACUCUGCAGAAGCGUCAGGUCACAUGAACGAGACAUUGGACGCCAUGGACGUCAUCGCCCUUUGCUGCCCCAAGUACAAGGACCGGCCACAGAUUGCCCGGGUCAUCCAGAAAACCAACUCGGGCUACAGAGUACACUGGAUGGCAGGCUCCUACUCCGGAGUAUGGGCCGAGGCUAAGAAACGGGACGGACGCAAACUGGUGCCUUGGGUGGACACGAUCAAGGAGUCUGACAUUAUUUACAAGAAAAUUGCCUUGACAAGUGCACACAAGCUGACGAACAGAAUGGCGCAAACUUUACGGUCACUGUACUCAGCCAAGGAGGGAACUUCUUAAUCGACGAUAUACAGUCACUCUCAGACAGAGAAAACUGUUUGCAGCCAAACUCUAUUGCGCGGAUCCAACGUUUUUCUAAUAAAGAAAAGACAUAAUACUACACACAUGCAAAACGUAAGCACGAGAUAGCGGAGAGAGAGUGGUGGAGAGCAAGUAUUGUAAACUUUCGGUCUGUGAUGAACAUUUAAUCUGGAUCCAGGAUAUGUUUAAGUUAAACAGAAAAAACACACAAGAAGGAAAUGUUUGGAAAACAUUGUGUGGGAGCUCCUUCGCUGUUGUGCAGCAACUCGGUUGUUUGAUUUUUCCCACUGUAUCAUAGUUUAACAACAAAAAAAACAACAAAAAUGUUUAUAUCUCUGACAAAAAUUCUGUUUAAAAAAAUAAACAAAGUGAAUGUUGGAAAUUAGUCUGUUAAUGUUCUUAAUAAAGUGUUCUUGGAGUUUAACCUAGCACCGGAUGGAUUUCUUUAGAUUAGUUUCCAGGGAAGCUACUUUUAAAACUUUUACCUUUUAUGUUUUAUUCCCUUUAUUUGUUUACCCAUGCUGUACAUGGAGUCUCUUGAAUAUAAUUUAUUCUGUUGAAAGCGAAGCAUGCAGUAUCUGUGGCCUACAUGCAGGGGAGUUUUUUGUAACUGUAGAUUUUGAUGUAUUAGGUCACCCGAGAGACACAGAGAGAGAGGGAUCCCCAGCACUUCUGGCGGAACAUAUACUGCAAUAAAUUUUUGUACUUCUCUUUGUUA